CACUCAACAAUCACCUCACUUUGUUAUAUAUUCCCCCAUCUUUUUCUCACCAAAAUGCGUAUAGUAUAAUAAUAAUAUAAACAAUUGUGUUUAUCAACAAUUACUACGACUAAGUGUUAAGUAAUGGCGGCGGAGCCACCGUUGUCUGAAACCGAAGAGUCUCCUUGCAACUCCUCGUCCUCUUGGUCGCCCACCCACAAACGGCCCAGAGACAGCGCCGCCGGCAGCGGCGGCGGGAGGAGUGAUCUGAAGCAUCCGUCGUACGUGGGAGUGAGGAUGCGGGCUUGGGGAAAAUGGGUAUCCGAAAUCCGGGAGCCCAGGAAGAAAUCUCGGAUCUGGCUCGGCACGUUCGCCACGCCGGAGAUGGCUGCCCGGGCCCACGACGUCGCCGCCAUGUCCAUCAAGGGCCGUUCCGCGCUCCUCAACUUCCCCGACCUCGCCGGAGUUUUGCCCCGCCCUCCCACGUGUCUCCCGCACGACGUCCAGGCCGCCGCCCUCAAAGCCGCUCAGAUGAGUCACCUCGACCCGCCGCCGAACAAGCCGGUUUCCUCCACGCCGUCUUCCUCGCUGCGGUCCGUCGUGACUUCCGCAGAGACGGCGGACGCUGCAGCGUCACCGUGUCCGGCUGAGCUGGGGGAGAUAGUAGAGCUGCCGGAGCUGCAGCCAGAUUGCACCGAGUCGAUAACUCGGAUCGAGUACGCGUUCGUCGACUCGUUCUGGUGGGAUUACUGCCAACCUUUGCCACACGGCGUGGAUGACGGCAUUGACGGGUUCGAGGCGGUGUUUUCCGGCGAUUUUCAGAGCUGCUUGUGGCAGCAUUUAAUUCCACCACCUUGAGCAGAAAAAUUAAAGAUGUGUUUUUUGUUCUUAACUUAUAAAUUAAAUAUUCUUUCUUCGGAAGUUAUUUGAAAGCUAUGAGGCAUCCAAUUUAUACACCAAAUUAACGCCAACACACACAUAAUGCAUCUUGUGCCUGCACAGAUAUCGUGUGUGUCUGUGUUAGCUUAGUGUGCAAAAGGGGUUAAUUUUAAAUGAAAAUGUUCAUAAAUAGUGAGAGAUAAUUUUUUAAAUAAACUCGCUAAAAUGACGAAAUAAAAAAAUGAAUUAAAAUAAGUAGAUAAAACUUAGUUACAAUAUUGUUUUUCCUAUGAGGAGCUUAUAAAUUACUCCCUCCGUCCCAUAAAGAUAGGUACAUUUU